UUCGGACAUUGGGACAGAACUAAAAAGCCAUUUUAGCUUAUGCUCGAUUUCUGCAACACGAGGAAAAUACAAAACAUUCUCCAGUCUCGUGUUCUUCACCGAUUUUUCAAUUUUUAAAUCUUGAAACUUCUUCCUUCCUCUUCUCCAAAUCCACCGUAGUGAUUUUUGAAAGAAGCAACUUCAGCUCUGUUCUUCUUCAACCCAAAGUUUUCAACUUGAGCUCGUUUAAGUAAUAAAGUUCAGAUUUUUAUUUGUUGGGUUAUUAGUUUAGGGAUGCUGUCCAAAAGUGUUUUUGCUGUCUCUUUCGCACUUAUUUUGCUAUACAUAAACUUGUUCAUCGAAGUCGAAGGGAUUGGUGUGAACUGGGGCUCACAGGCAAGUCACCCGCUACCUCCAGCGACGGUGGUGAGGCUUCUCCAGGCUAACGGAAUCCGAAAGGUGAAACUUUUCGAGGCCGACACGAAGAUUCUCGGAGCUUUAAGUCGGUCGGGGAUUCAAGUUAUGGUCGGAAUCCCUAACGACUUACUUGCUCCUAUAGCUGCAAGUGUCGCAGUCGCAGAGAGAUGGGUCUCUCAGAACGUCUCUGCUCAUGUCUCCUCCAAUGGCGUCGAUAUCAGGUACGUGGCAGUUGGGAACGAGCCAUUUCUAAAGGCAUUCAACGGAACAUUCGAGGACAUAACACUCCCCGCUCUCCAGAACAUACAAUCAGCUCUCAUCAAAGCCGGUUUAGCCACCCAGGUCAAAGUCACAGUCCCUCUCAACGCAGACGUCUACCAAAGCGCAUCCAACCUCCCUUCAGACGGAGACUUCAGACUCGAAAUCCGCGACCUCAUGAUCAGCAUCGUCAAGUUCCUAAGCGACAACCAAGCUCCCUUCACUAUCAACAUCUACCCUUUCAUCAGUCUCUACAACGACCCUCACUUCCCCGUGGAGUUCGCCUUCUUCGACGGCACAGGUGAUCCCAUAAACGACAACGGCAGAGUCUACGACAACGUCCUCGACGCGAACUACGAUACAUUGGUCUGGUCCUUGCAGAAGAACGGGUUUGGUAACUUGUCCAUCAUCGUUGGGGAGGUCGGGUGGCCUACUGAUGGAGAUAAGAACGCUAACAUGAUGUACGCGCGGCGGUAUAACCAAGGCUUCAUGAACCGUCAGAGAGUUGGUAGGGGGACGCCUAUGAGACCAGGUCCUUUGGACGCUUACUUGUUUAGCCUUAUCGACGAAGACGCCAAGAGCAUUCAGCCAGGGAACUUUGAGAGACACUGGGGGAUGUUUUACAUCGAUGGGCGGCCUAAGUAUCAGCUCAGUCUUCUUGGAAACGGUAAUGGGUUGAUCCCAGCGAAGGAUGUGCAUCAUAUGGGGAAGAAAUGGUGUGUUCUCGCGCCGUCUGCUAGUCUUGAGGAUCCUCAGCUGGGACCGAGCGUUGGAUACGCUUGUGAUCAUGCUGAUUGCACUAGUCUUGGGUAUGGCUCGUCGUGUGGUGGCUUGGAUUUGGCGCAGAAUGUUUCGUAUGCGUUUAAUAGUUAUUACCAGGUGAGUGACCAGCUGGAGAGUGCGUGUAAGUUCCCUGGGGGUAUAUCUAUGAUUGUUACUAGGGAUCCUUCUUUUGGGAGUUGUCAGUUUAAGGUAAUGAUCAAGUCGGAUUCUUCAGGUGGUGAAGUAAGUACCAAGAUGUGUUUAACAAGAUCAGUGGCAGUGUUGUUACUCUUGUUGAUGUGUAUGUAUAUUGUUCUAUGAUGGUUUUUUGAUUGGUUAUUCUUCUGUUUUAAAGAAAACUUUGGUGUUUAUUGAGAAAUUAUUAAAAGAAACAUUGAGAUU